AUGAACGGAGAAAUCUCUCGGCCGAUUUCUCCGGCGAAUCCGUCUACGGCUUUUGUUAAUGAAUCGGAUGCGAUAAACGCUGCAGUUGAUGCAGAGCUCGCCGAGUUAGCGGCAGCAGGUGACUCGAACAACGGCGGCGGUGGCGGAGGAAGGAGAAAAGUGAAGGGGGUGAAGGGACCUUGGUCGCCGGAGCAAGAUGCGGUUCUGACUAGGCUUGUGAACCAGCUAGGGCCGAGAAACUGGACUCUGAUCUCCCGUGGGAUCCCAGGUCGGUCUGGCAAAUCCUGCCGAUUGCGGUGGUGUAAUCAGCUCGAUCCUUGCCUCAAAAAGAAACCUUUCACCGAUGAGGAGGAUCAGAUGAUAAUGUCUGCACACGAGGUUCACGGGAACAAAUGGUGUGUGAUUGCAAAGCUCUUACCUGGGAGAACAGAUAACGCCAUCAAGAACCACUGGAACUCGGCGCUUAAACGCAAACACGCAGAGCUAUGGAUGUCUAACACAAUGGCUUCUCCUUACAUCAAUGAAGCAAAGGUCAGAAAGAUAUCGGACGCAUACUCCAGCGAACAUUUGCAGAGAGAUGAUAAAGUUGAUGAUGAUGAUGCAAACAAGCCUCGGGAAGAAAAGUGUAGUAGACAGCCUGAUGUUCUUCAUCGCCCUGUGGCUCGAAUGGGUGCGUUUAGUGUCUACAAGCCUGGAUACAUGAACCACCACAACCAUGUGGCUCCAUGUGAAGGACCUUUGGUUCAAGCUUCAAGACCUGACUCGUUGGCUGGUAAAUUCCUUCAGUCUCUUUGUUAUGAACCCAACAUCCCUUCGAAAUGCGGUCACGGUUGCUGCAUAGUGUCGUCGUCACGCAACUCGUUGAUGGGGCCAGAGUUUGUGGAUUAUGAGGAGCCUUCUUCUGCGGUUUUGGAUAAAGAGUUGAUCUCUAUUGCUACCGAUCUGAACAAUGUUGCUUGGAUAAGGAGUGGACUGAACAAGAGCUAUUUUAGAGAAGUGGAACAGAGCUUGAAAGCUGAUGAAUACGCUCGCCCGAAAUUUGCUGGAAUGGUGAAGAAUGGUGUAUCAAGUCAGAUGCUGAGGCAAGAUUUAAGGGCUUUGAGCUAA